CAUAUGGUAGUUCUACAUUUAGCUUCUCAGGUACCUCCAUACUGUUUUCCAUAGCGACUGUACUGUUUGACUUUUGAACUAUAAAAUUUAUGUUAUCUGAAUUCACUUCAGGAUAGUAAAAGGGGUGUUAUUCAUAUGAAUGGCAUACUAGGUCUUUAGAUUUAGACCCUACCACUGAAGCCAUGAGCUUGUGCAAGCAUUGUCACCCAACACAAGUUCGUGUGUCUGACUCACAGUGAGGCCAAACAAACCAAAACACUGGGGUUUGGAACAGGUUUCUUGCAGGGCCAUGCAAAGAGAUGGUGGCUUGUGCUCAAAACCCCUCAAUUGGAAGGGUUUCAGCAAAGCCCUUAAAGGCAAGGUGUGGCAAGUUUUUGCAAACUUCUUAGUGUUGGAAUCCUUUGUUCUUGCAGCUGUCCUGUUCUUGUAAACCUCCAAAAAGACAAAUGUUACUAUGUUUUGCAACUUUAUAUCCCUUAAAGUUCAGAGCAUAAGAAUAGGUUAUCUUGUAUAUUUCAGGUGUUCUUUUAUAAAAGGUACAGAUCAACAUGGAGUCAGAUUUGUUCUUCCCUGUUACAGCAGACCCCCUUUGUGGUCAUGUACAUUACCAUGUUACAGAGCACAGCACCAACGCUUAUCAGGUAGAAAUAAUGCUGCUCUCCUCCAGAGCCUAGUGUCCUUGUGCCUCUUAAUCACCUAUGCAACUUUUAAUUAUAUUCAGUGAAGGCCAAAACAUCAUUUAUGAUGUUAUUUUGUUGCAAAGGAGAAAGAUGAGAAACAUACAAUAUUCUGAUGAAGGACAGAAGAGCAAUUUUGUCUCACUGCUUAAUAUUUAAAAUGUGUGUAAAGAAUACUUUAUUUCCCCUGAGUAUCAGACCCUCCUAUCAACAUUUUGUGUGUUGAUUGGUAACAUUAUUCCUGAUGGUUUUAUGUUCUCUGAGGUUUAAUUCCUUCUGCUACAUUCACCUGAGUGUGAUGUUCAGCUCACCUUUCUGUAUUUCCAAAAUUGUACCUUAGUAUUUCAGUUUAAAAAUACAUUUUUCAGUUAGUGAAACCUAACUUUAUCCCCUUGGCACUACUUUUCAUUAUUAGUCAAAGCAGAGACAUCAAGUAAUCCCUCACUAUUUUCAUUUUAAAUCAAGUUUCAGGAGAUUAAAUCACCACACUGACACACCAGUGGGCAUUUGUAGCCAUAUUAUGGUGCAGCUUGUCUCUCUACCCAUUUUAUUUCAAAUGGUCAAGUUCAGAAGAAUCCAUAGAGUUUAGGAAGCCCUUGCACAGGCAGGCAGCCUGAGGUCUGGCUGCGGCGGCUCUGCGCCUUCUCCGGUUGCUAGGGCAACCUCCGCCAGCGUCCCCGUCGUCAUGGCGCUGCAGCACCGCUGCCCCUGAUUGGCUGAGGAGUCGGCCGGCGGAAGAAACGGUGUUGGCAUUGGUUCAGGUAGCGCCGGUUGGUGGCCGGAAAGAGGAUUUGAUUGAAUCGCCAACGGUGCUGCUGGCAGCCGUGCCCCCAAAGUUUAGGGGACCAGGCGUGGGCUGGGGGAGAGAAUGACGGGACUCCGGUCCAGGGCAGCGUGACAGCAGCAGAGACAAUGAGAAAGACGACUUCGAGCUUGGCCUGAAGGAGGGGCCCUUCUCGGGCGCGUUUACUUUGAAAGAAAUACGAUGUUAAUUCUGGGGCACUGAUGUUUUACAAUGCCUGAUCAAGACAAGAAAGUGAAGACCACAGAAAAAUCAACUGAGAAAAAACAACAAGGAACCACCACCAGGGACUAUUCGGAUCUUAAAAGACUUCGGUGCCUUUUGAACGUUCAGUCAAGCAAACAACAGCUUCCAGCCAUUCACUUCGAUAGCACUCAAAACAGCAUGAUGAAGUCUGAGCCCACCAUCAGGGGGGGUGCGCACAGAGUGCGAGGUCAGUGGCACGAGUCCACAGAAGCCGUUGAACUUGAAAAUUUUAGUAUAAACUACAAGAAUGAGAGAAAUUUCAGCAAACAUCCCCAGCAUAAACUGUUUGAGGAGAUUUUUAUAGCCUUGGUGAAGAAUAGACUCAUAUGCAGAGAAUGGGUUGACCGAGCCCCAUCUCUUCAUUUUCUGAGAGUUUUAAUUUGUCUGAGGCUGCUAAUGAGGGAUCCAUGUUACCAGGAAAUACUCCAUAGCUUGGGUGGGAUUGAAAACCUAGCUCAGUACAUGGAGAUCGUGGCCCAUGGGUACCUUGGCUACGGGGAGGCCCAGCACAGCGUGGACAAGCUGGUCAACAUGACGUAUAUUUUUCAAAAACUUGCUGCUGUGAAAGACCAAAGAGAAUGGGUCACCACAAGCGGAGCCCACAAGACAUUAGUAAAUCUGCUCAGUGCCCGAGAUACUAGUGUUCUGUUGGGUGCCCUUCUGGCUCUGGCUAGUUUAGCUGAAAGUCCAGAAUGUAGGGAGAAGAUAAGUGAACUCAACAUUGUAGAAAAUCUGCUGAUGAUUUUACAUGAAUAUGACUUGCUUUCCAAAAGGCUGACGGCAGAGCUGCUGCGCUUGUUGUGUGCCGAGCGCCAGGUGAAGGAGCAGGUGAAGCUGUACGAGGGGGUGCCCGUUCUCCUCAGCCUGCUCCACUCGGACCACCUGAAGCUGCUCUGGAGUGUUGUCUGGAUUCUGGUACAGGUUUGUGAGGACCCCGAGACCAGUGUGGAAAUUCGCAUCUGGGGAGGCAUCAAGCAGCUUCUUCAUAUUUUGCGAGGAGACCGAAAUUUCGUUUCUGAUCGUUCCUCCAUUGGCAGCCUGUCAAGCGCCAAUGCGGCUGGCCGGAUCCAGCAGCUUCAUUUGUCAGAAGAUCUAAGCCCUCGGGAAAUACAGGAAAAUACUUUCUCUCUUCAAGCAGCCUGCUGUGCAGCCCUCACUGAACUUGUGCUCAAUGACACCAAUGCCCAGCAGGUGGUUCAGGAAAAUGGUGUCUAUACAAUAGCAAAAUUAAUUUUACCAAACAAACAAAAGAAUGCAGCAAACACUCAUCUGUUACAGUGUUAUGCUUUCAGAGCCUUGAGGUUUCUCUUCAGUAUGGAAAGAAACAGACCACUCUUUAAAAGGCUUUUCCCCACCGACUUAUUUGAGAUCUUCAUUGAUAUAGGACAUUAUGUGCGUGACAUCAGUGCUUAUGAAGAGUUGGUAUCAAAGUUGAACGUGUUAGUGGAGGAUGAACUGAAGCAAAUCGCUGAAAAUAUUGAAAGCAUUAAUCAGAAUAAAGCUCCUUCGAAAUACAUAGGCAACUAUGCAAUUUUGGAUCACCUUGGAAGUGGAGCUUUUGGCUGUGUUUACAAGGUUAGAAAGCUUAGUGGUCAAAAUCUUUUAGCAAUGAAAGAGGUCAAUUUACAUAACCCGGCCUUUGGAAAGGAUAAAAAAGAUCGAGACAGCAGUGUGAGGAAUAUUGUUUCUGAAUUAACCAUAAUUAAAGAACAGCUUUAUCAUCCCAAUAUUGUACGCUAUUACAAAACAUUUCUGGAAAAUGAUAGGUUGUAUAUAGUUAUGGAGCUUAUAGAAGGGGCCCCUCUUGGAGAGCAUUUCAGUUCUUUGAAGGAAAAACAACAUCAUUUCGCUGAAGAGAGACUAUGGAAAAUAUUUAUACAGCUGUGCCUGGCUCUUCGAUACUUACACAAGGAGAAGAGGAUUGUCCACAGAGACCUGACGCCAAACAACAUUAUGCUGGGGGAUAAGGACAGAGUGACAGUUACUGACUUUGGCCUGGCAAAGCAAAAACAAGAAAGCAGUAAACUCACAUCUGUUGUGGGAACAAUUCUGUAUUCCUGCCCCGAGGUGCUGAAGAGUGAGCCGUAUGGGGAGAAGGCUGAUGUCUGGGCUGCAGGCUGCAUCCUUUAUCAGAUGGCGACUCUGAAUCCUCCUUUCUACAGCACCAACAUGCUCUCCCUGGCCACAAAAAUAGUGGAGGCAGCGUAUGACCCAGUGCCUGAGGGCAUCUACUCUGAAAAGGUGACCACUACUAUCAGCAGAUGUCUCACUCCUGAUGCAGAAGCCCGCCCGGACAUUGUAGAAGUCAGCUCCAUGAUAUCGGAUGUCAUGAUGAAGUAUUUAGACAACUUGUCCACAUCCCAGCUGGCCUUGGAGAGGAAGCUGGACCGGGAACGGAGGCGCACACAGAGGUAUUUCAUGGAAGCCAACCGGAACGCAGUCACGUGUCACCGCGAGCUGGCUAUGCUCCCUCAUGAAACCUUUGAAAAGGCAAGCUUGAGUAGCAGCAGCAGUGGAGCAGGCAGCCUGAAAAGUGAGCUUUCAGAAAGUGUGGAACUGCCCCCUGAGGCCUUCCAGGCCCCCUGUGUUAAAGAUGAAGACCAGGCCUGUGAUGGAAUCUUGUCAGAUGAUAACUUCAACCUGGAAAGUGUUGAGAAAGAUAUAUAUUCAGAGCUGGAUGAUGAAUUGGAUAUUUCGGAUAACUCCAGCAGCUCCAGUUCAAGCCCUUUGAAGGAAUCUACGUUCAGCACUUUAAAGAGAAGUUUUAGUGCUUCCGGAGGAGAAAGACAAUCCCAAAUAAGAGACUUCGCUGGUGGAAUAGGAUCAAGACCGAGACCAGCUUUGCUGCCUCUUGACCUGCUUCUGAAAGUGCCACCCCUCAUGCUUAGGGCCGACGUUAAGGAGCUAGAGGCCAAGUUAGUGACGGGGUGGCAGUCCCAUAGCCUACCCGCUGUGAUCCUUCGCAACCUCAAAGACCAUGCAUCUGCAGGAAUUGCUGUGUCUCAGAGGAAAGUACGUCAGAUCAGUGAUCCUAUUCAGCAGAUCUUAAUCCAGCUGCAUAAAGUCAUCUACAUCACUCAGCUUCCUCCAGCUUUGCACCACAAUUUGAAAAGAAGGGUUGUAGAGAGAUUCAAGAAAUCCCUCUUCAGCCAGCAGAGUAACCCUUGCAAUUUGAAAUCUGAAAUUAAAAAGUUAUCUCAGGGAUCUCCAGAACCAAUCGAGCCCAACUUUUUCACAGCAGAUUACCAUUUAUUACAUCGUGCAUCAGGGGACCACAGCCUGUCCCCCAGUGACCCAACAGGUCUACCCUCCAGCUUUGAUUUGGAGGAGGGGAUAACAUAUGAACAGAUGCAGACUGUGAUUGAAGAAGUCCUAGAGGAAAGUGGUUAUUACAAUUUUACUUCUAACAGGUAUCACUCCUAUCCAUGGGGGACCAAGAAUCACCCAACCAAAAGAUGAAAGAGCUGGAUUUUGAAUGGACUUGAUUUUCCCAGUGAAGUUCAAGGUCUGGACUUCAGCCGCCCCUGCAAGAUGCCCAUGGAUGGGGGGCUGCUGAAAGCAUGUCGAAGAGAAAAGACCAAUGUGCCACAGUUUCUGCAGGACCUGCUUCUGGGGGUCUGUGCUAUAAAGCCCCAACCUCGAGAUGCUUUAUAUAAGGGAUGACAGGGAUCUUGGUGUGCUCCUGGGAGAAAAUGCUGCAAAUUCAUCUGUGAGGAGAAAACCGACUCCUCCCAGAACUUUCCUCCAAGUUCGAAACAGAACAAAACAUAUUUUUCAAGGGAAUAUUUUAUACUUAGGAUCGCUGAAACUGUGUUUAAAGGCAUCUAGCCUUCCAUGUAUAAACAAUAGUUUUAGAUAAAGAAAAUUAUAAGACUCAGAACAGUAAUAUAUUGGGUGAUUGACUGUGUCCCUCAGUUGUUUUAAUCUUAAAGAAAUUCAGAAUAUGUAAUUGAAUUUUUUAUAGUUUUUUUUUUGUCUUAAUGAAAGGAUUGGUUUUCUCUUAACCACUUUGGGUGCUAGUGGUUUUGAACUGUGACACAGUGUAGACAGUAUUUUUAACCUUGCACAGCCUCUGGGAAUAACUGUCAAAUUGUCCUAUUUAAGUUAGACCAAUAGAAUGUACCCAUGUAUGUGUAUAUGUAUAUAUGUAUAGGGGGAGGAGAGGUUUUGAUUAGACAUGCUUUGCUGCUAAUCAAAUUAAUAGUGUUUAUAGAGCACUUUGAAGAGUCAUAGAAUCUAUGAAAAAGAUGCAAUAUUCCAUAUUCUAGUCCCUCCGACCUAAAUUACCUUCAUUGCUUUUAAAUUUUUAUUGUUUGAGAAUUUGAAAUGAAAAUAAGUUAUAUAAUAAAAUAUAAAUUUCUUCUUUAUUCAUUGAGACGUCUCUAGAAAGGAGAAUGUGGAAUGCCAAAACAGUGCCCCAUUCCUGUACAGGGAUGAUUUAUGAUGAAAAUUCUCUAGAUUCUUACUGGGCUGAAAUCUCUUCAACUGGCUUCUUUUAACUGGUGUCAUGUCAAGAAAUUAUUGCCAUAUCAGAUCUGUGCUUCCAGCUACUUAGAGAGCAUUUUCAUUCUAUUUCAGAAUUAAUAAUCUGAAAGCUGAGAUUAUGCUUUUUAUUUACUUCUAUCUUUAUUUACAUUGAAAUACUUUGAGUAUGAUCAAAUUGAAUUUAGUUCAACAUACUUAUAGUAGUUGAAACAAUCACCUUUUCUAUAAUAUGGAAAAAUCUCUUAAUGUGAACCUAUCCUAUUAUUUCAAUAUGUUUAAUACUUAAAUUAAAUCCAGAUUCCCUUUAACUAAUGCCUUUGAAAAUUGCCAACGAAUCAUUGUCUUUAGGCCAAAUUAAUAAUUAUAAAUAUACUGUAAUUUAAAAUAAUAGAUGCAAAUACAGUAAUGAAAAAUUUCAGUUUUAGCUUUCGACCAAAUAUAUCCAAAUGUGAAAUUUACAAGUGAAAUCCAAAGGUUAUGAUCAUGUUUGUUUAAACUGGGAAACUUUUUAUUUCUAUUUCAGCUUAAUUUGAGCCUGCAUGAUAUUUUUUUUCCUAAAUCUCUUUUCACUGUGGAAUGAACAUGUGUUUUAAUUGUACAGAAGGCACAUGCCUGGGGGCACAACUUUUCAUUGUGGUGGAAGCCACUAUGAAGAAAUAAACCAAGCCACAGGGUGAAUGUUUGAACCGUAAAGUUCUUUCUCAAAUGGUGUAGAAAAGAAUGGUAUUCAGAGGUCACAUCUUGGUAAGAAGAGAGAGAUUAUUUAUUUGAAGGCAUUUUGAAAUGCAUACAGUUGACUUACCAGAAAGGGAGCGAAAUGUUUCUACCUGACUCUUUUAGACCUUACAAAUGGCACUUAUUAUGCAAGAAGAGAGUAAGAAUUAGCAAAAAUGAGCAACUGGAUGGUUUCUUUCAAGAGCAAAUUUAGGCCCACGCAACUCUCAGCUGAUAGAUGUGUUCUUUUGUUAAAUAGUAUUUUCUUAAACUACCACGGUCACUGAAUCAGCAUUCUCCCAGGACAAGACCAAGCCUUUAAGAGAAGGUUAGGCCCAGGGAAGGGAAGCACAGGUGUGUGGAGAGCCCUCCCAGCAAUGAAGUUAACUUUCAAGAGUCCCCACUUUCUAGCUUUCGAACAAGGAGCCACCUCCUUCACAAUAAACAAGGCUU